CAGGUAAAUUGCUUGUUUUUGGAAGGCGUUAAAUGGAACGACGAAGGAAUGGAAAUUGGUUCGAUUGGCGGAAAAAUUAUUAAAUGUUUGGCAUAUCAUUUAUCGAGCUUUACCAUGGUUGUUCUUCAAGAUACAGAGGUAGAUUCAGAAAGAGCAUGUAUAAUAAAUUUGCAGUUCUCUCACAAUUUUUAUAAUUGUUUUUAUCGCUCUUUAAAUAUUUCUAUUUUUUGUUGUAUUUUGUACAAAAAUAUAACGAUACAAUUUGGUCCAAUUUUUUGUAUGUAGGUGAGCGACUCCAAUAGAGUUGCUUUGGACGUUAUUUAUUACAUUGGAUCUGCACUCUCACUGGCUGGUCUGUUUUUCUCAUGUAUUGUAUACAUCGUUCUAUAGUAAGUAUUAUUGUAAUAUUUUUUUGUGAUGUCGCAUGCAUGCCUACAAGCAAUAAGUUUAAAGUUUCACUCUACAAAACACUACAUGCAGUUAUAGCUUUCCACAGGCCGGUAUAUAAAAAAACAAUGGCAUUUAUUUACAAUAAAUCUGCAGUUUGGGGAAUAGUUUACAAUCAAUAAUAACAAUAAUAGUUGUGCCAAAAUCGAUUUUUAAUCAAUUGAAGCCCAUAAUCGAUGACUUUCAGCCUUAUAAUAUUCACAUGUUCUCGGCUGCGAUAACUUCAACAUACUGUCUUGAGCCGGUUUUCGUUGGGCGGAAUUUUGCGCGUGGAACGGAGUUUUUCUUUGUCUUGUGAUUUCUCGGGUGGAACCAUAGAGAUUAUAAAUAACACUAGAGGAGGCAUUAUAAUCUUAAUACAGUUAAAAAGGGAACGCAGCUAUUGGGGGGGGGGGGAAUUCAAGUCCCGCGGAUGUGUAUUUGUGUUCCCAUUGGUGACGGGUUUCAAAUCAGCCAAUGAGAGCAUGCUUUUAUAUCCGGGACUUGAAUUUACCCCCCCCCCCCCAUUAGCUGCGUUUCCAAUUUUUAACCUCGAAUCCUCGAUGCCUCCUCUAGUGUUAUUUGUAAUCUCUAUGGGUGGAACUAUAAAUUAGAAAAGACAAAGAAAAAUUCAGCUCCGCGCGCAAAAUUCCGCCAAAUGAAAAACCGGCGUUACUGUUUGACUCAGGGUCAGGUCUGCCAAAUAUUUCUUGCAAAUCCUUCAAAAACAUAGAAUUUACGUACAAAACUUAGAAUUUACCUUCUAUGAUAACAUAAACUUUGAUAGUGUAAACUAGCUUUAAGGGUUGUUUCAAAGAAAGAUACUUUCAAGAGGCACAUAAAGUUUAGUAAUAACAAGCUUUCCGGCGUUGGUAGUCAGGAAUGCAACUAUACUUGAAAAAUACAGAGCGAAAUUCGAUGUUUCGAGCGAAGGUCCUUCGUCGGCAAUCACGUGACAAUCCGAUAAACCAAUCAGAUGGAUUUUAAUCCUUUUCCGGCUGAUAAUUUCAGCAAAAAUAAAACAAACGUUAUUCCGAAUAAGGAAUGCAUAAUAUUAACACACAAUUUAUUAAAACUGUAUAUAGUUCGAAUCUAAAUCAGAUUCAUCUUCAGCAGUGCUUUGCAAGAUAUCUUGCAAAACACUGCUGAAGAUGAAUCUGAUUUAGAUUCGAACUAUAUAAAGUUUUAAUAAAUUGUGUGUUAAUAUUAUGCAUUCCUUAUUCGGAAUAACUUUUGUUUUAUUUGUGUUAUCUUACGCUCGUAGACUAAGUGUAGAUUUUCACCAAUUCGGUGGUCGCACAGCUGCAUCUAUUUAACACUGCAGAAAAGGUAUGGGCUAAAUUAACACCAAAAUGAGUGUGUAAGUAAACACUAAAUCGGUGUCCACACAGCUGCAAUAAUUUACACCGAUUUCGGUGUUGUGGUAACACUCCCAGAUUUACAGUGUAUAAUUGAAUCCUCACCAAAAAAAAUUGUUAUUAUUGGCACUACCUUCUUUGGCACAGACCGUUCAUUUUGUUUUACGCCAUUGUUGUUCCCGGUUGCUAAACUCACUAAUGAUUAAAAGGCAAUUUUUUUCAAUGUCACGUAUUUGCAAUAUUAAAAGUGUUCAAAACCUAAAAUCUUUUUGGCGUUCCUCUCAAAAUUACUUUGUUCUAGCUUUAUUCUCCAGUUUAUAGAGUUAGCUACCUUUUUAAAUGCAUCUGCCGGUUGAGAAACAUAAAAUAAUAGUUAAAAAUUGCCAAUUAAAGUACAAUUAUCAAUUGUGCUUUAAAAUUGACGUCAUAUUUACAGUCAAAUAAACAAAACGUACUGAACUUCAGACAUCAUUUUCUCUUUGGCGUAUCAUUUAAAGAGGGGGGUAAUGGGGUAUUUUCGUGCUCCGUAUUGGGGUAAUUUAAUUAUUCGUUCUUCUUUCAGUCAUCUUUUUAUUAAACGUUUUUCGAUCCCGACAUCGAUGCCGUGUAUCGUGCUUGCGGUGUAUUCAAUAUCCGCUCUCCGUUUUCGGCAGUAUUUAAGACGGUUAUUUCUCGUUUCUGGACAAUAUAUUCCAUUAAUUUUGUUUCGAUCUGGAUUUUAGCUAUGUUUUGAUUGGGAAACGCAGGUUUCAAAUUUUAUAAAACAUGAACAUCGACGCAAUUGUAAACAAAUAGGUGAACACACAGCCCAGCACGGACUGUUUAUAUUCACCUUUAAGACCUCUAAGUAUAUGGUUGUGCUUACAUUGACUACAUUUCAUGUUCCCUUUACACUUCAGAUUCGUAAUAAAUAUGUUAUUUUACGUGCUUCAGGACUUCCUUAUUUUAUUUUUUAUGUUUCAAGAUCGCUGCAUAUCUUUUUUCAAUCUUUGGUUUGCAUGACCAAACGUCGCGGAUUGAAAAUCAAUCGUUAAAAUAUUGAAAUAUUCGAUCUAUUAGAUUACAAUUUUCAAUCUUAUAGAUCAGUUUUUCAAUCAUAGAUCGGAUUGACUUCAUUUCAAUCUUAGUAUCUAGACUGAAAGAGAAACAACAAACACAACAACGUCUUUAAGGAAACAUCUUAUAAUAUUUUCUGAAAAAGAUGUACAUGUAAUAUAGCUAUAACAGGCAGCGAUAAAAAUGCAUGCGUAUAUACUAAAUAUACAGGGUGUAUAAAAAAAAACUGAACAGAUUUGAAAUUGCUCUCAAUUUCGCAUAACAGCUAUUAGUAUCCAGUUUUUGAUGUAUGUAGCUUCUUUGGGUAUACUUAUAAUGUAGCCGGAAUAAUGAAAAAAAUUUCCCGAACUCAAAUUUUGUGAACCAGGGGGGUGGGUUAAAAGCUUUAAUCAUAUUUUGAGUUAAUAGAUGGAAAAUUUGUUGGGUUUUUAAUUAUACUGUACAAAAUUUCUGACACUUUGCUUUAGUUUAAGCCCUUUUGCUAUUCAUUUUUUCCUAAAAAGUCAGCCUUUCACAUGCUUAAUUAAUGCCUUUACCUAAUUUGCAUAUUGCCGACAGAUGCAAAUUAGGCAAAGGCAUUAAUUAAGCAUGCAAAUAGCUGAUUUUUAGGAAAACAUGUAAGUUUGCGUGAACAGUUAAAGGCUUAAACUAAAGCAAAUUCUCUGAAAUUUUGUACAGUAAUUAAAAACCCAACACAUUUUCCAUCUAUUAACUCAAAAUAUGAUUAAAGCUUUUAGAUUUUGUGCGAAAGCCAUUUUUAGUUUGUUGGAAAUGACACCACCCCCCCCCCCUGGUUCACAAAAUUUGAGUUCGACAAUUUUUUUUCAUUAUUCUACAUUAUAAGUACCCAUUGAAGCUAUAUACUGUACAUAAAAAACUGGAUACUAAUAGCUGUUUUUCGAAAUCGAGAGCAAAUUCAUAUUUGUUCAGUUAUUUUUUAUUCAGCCUGUAUAUGAGUUCUCCUACAUAUAAUAAAUAUAAUUAUUUUAUACACAAGGCUGGAUAUGAGGUAUAUUCUGCAAUCUGAUGGUUCUCCACUAGCACGGAUAGUAUGUCGAAUUCUUUACCUUAUGCAUUUUUGUAAAUUUCAGCAAAGAUCUUCAGAUUUUAACGACCAGUCGUCACUUGGUACAUCUCAAUUUGCAGAUUGCUUUAGGAUUGACACAGAUUGUUUUUCUCGCGGGAGGAAGGGCAAGGAAAGACGAGGUAAUUUAUGGAUAUAUGUUAUAAUAUCGAUAUAUAGUUAUGUAAAGCUCGCUGUUAAAUCAUAAUUAAAUCUUUCAUUUUACCCUUGCAAUGCAAUGGCAAUGCCGAUGUGUUCUUUAUCUUUGCCAGCUAAGUUGCAUUACAAAAUGGACCAUCGCAAAAUUAAAUGUACGUUUGUCCCUAGUCAUGUUAUUGGAUUCAAUUACCUUCGCUGUGAAGUUAUAUGUUUACCUUUGUUUGUUUUGUUUUGUUUUAAGUUCUUUGUAUGUUUGCAUGGCGAUAAAAUAUAUAAUUAGUUUUGUUUGUGGAAACACCACGUAAAUUUAUUACUGCAGUAAUAAAUUUACAUGGUGUUUCCACAAACAAAACUAUUAUUUGUUUCGUUUCGUUUUGUUUUGUUUUGUUUUGUUUUGUUUUGUUUUGUUUUGUUUUGUUUUGUUCUGUUUUGUUUUGUCCGGCUCCGGCUCCGGCUCUGGCUCUGGCUCUGGCUUGCUUGCUUGCUUGCUAUUAUAUCACUGUAACAUGUAGUAUAUUUAGGUAUUUAAUUGUAACGACGCUGUUCACUUCGUCUCACUCACCACAUAAACAGCGUUGUUAUUUUACUCUGAUGUUAUUCGAUUAAAAUUAUGAUCCAUGUCAAUCCUGACUUCUUGACUGCGAUCAUAGCAUAACAAUUAUGUUUUUGUGCAUGGCUGGCUUUUUGGAAAUUAAAUAGGAAUUACUGACAACUUAGUUAUUUUAAUUAAUAUUAUUUGGCUUGACAAUAGAUCAAUUUAAUAUGGCUGUUUAAUUAAUGUUUGCAUAUUAAUUACUCACUAUAUGAAAAAAAGCAAUCAUAAAUAGAAAGAAAUUUCGUAAAAUUGUGUUCAAAAAAGAAGUAUUUCUAUGUAAAGCAUAUAUACUUCGCAUGCCAAUGCUGUUGCAGUAUUGAAAUAUGUUAAAUAAACCAAAAGGUCGUGGCUUUUAUAUAAUUCUUUUCUUAACUUGAUUUCGGAUAGUAUAUACUCAUACGUACACUUGCUGCAGUAACUUUAUAGCACUUUUCUUGCAGGUAGCUUGCAAAGUCGUGGCAAUCUUGUUGCAUUAUUUUUUUUUGGCUGGUUUUACAUGGAUUCUCCUUGAAUCUGCAAUGCUCUAUUUAAAACUUAUUUCGGUCUAUCGUGGCGAGUUUGUGAGGAUGAAAAACUUCCUGUUAUUUGGUUGGGGUAUGUUUCAUAUCAAUAAAGAUAAAAGUAUAAAUUAUGAAUAAGUAAAUUUCCAUGAAAUUUAAAAAGGUACAAAGGUCUAUAAAUUCUAUUCAAUGCUCUUUGGAUGAUGGUUUUCAAAGCGCAUUGCAACCUAAAAACAUUGAGAUCACUGAUCUUGGAUUAUGCUGAGUUGAUUUUCCUAGUUUGUUUUCUUCAAUUAAAAGGAUUAUAAUGCGCCUUAAAAACCCAUCACUCGAAAGACUGAACUGUGCCUUUAAACACAUCAAUAGGAAAAAUUGCCUCCAACGCCUUCUUGCCUUACUACUAAAAAGUCCUUUUCAUAUUGCUAUAUGCAUUUCCCAUCGACCAUUUCUAAUUCUAAUUUAAUGAUUAUUAUAUCUUGCAAUUCCUCACCCAUAAUAUCAAACGUCUGUCUACACAAUACGAAUUAGUCGUGUACGAUUCUUAUCCUGGCGAAUGUAAUCGAAUAAAUAGGCGUAAUGAAUAACGUAACAAUGAAAAGAAAUUGUGACAUCCGCAAUAAUUUCCAUACACCACAAUGACAGUCGUUUACGCUUGUAAUCGAGUAGACAUGUCUUACUACAUGUAUUUUCUAAUAAUUAAUGUUUUUGAAAAAAAACCCAGGAUUUCCUGUGCUGUUUGUUGGUUUAUCUGCUAGUGUGAAGAUUAAUGCUUAUGGAACCGAUCAAUGGUAUACCUGCAAUUUUAACUUCAUUUGUUUCACAUAACAGUGUAUAUAAUUUCAUUAUUAAAAUAGUUUUACAAAAAAAAAGUGAAAUCCAUACUACGAAAUUUGCAAUUAUACCACUAAAUCCAUAGUAUAUCCAUAUUAUUUCCAUACUAUAUCCAUACUAUGGAAAUAUACAAUGAUUAUGGAUACAUUCUAUUAUACAACAUCCAUUUUAUUUCCAAUAAAGGUCUAUACAAUUUCCAUUCUAUGACCUUCUAUGGAUUUUCAAAGUUUUUCCAGUGAAUAUUAAUAAGCCUAGUACUUUUCUUGUUUUACAUUGUAACAUUGCUGUUCAGUCUGUGAAUCAACGUCAUAUAUAAAAUGGGUAUAUUAGCAUUUUGAGGCUUGUCGCGUUGUAUACCUAUAAUUAACAUAAUUUUCUGGUCAGGUGCUGGCUAUCAUACAAAGAUGGAUUUCUAUGGGUAUUCUUUGCACCAGUACUCAUCAUAAUAGCGGUAAGCAUUUGGAUGUCUUUAUUGAAAUGGAAAUGCGAGCAGGUUUUCAAACGGAUCAUUAAUUCAUUUUUUUACUAUAAUUGUCGAUAGAUAUCUCUUGUUACAGUCAUUGCUGUGAUUCGUGUUUUGUUUAUUGUUUCAAACUCGGAACAAGCAGAUGCCAAGAAAAAGAUAAUGUAGGUUUUACUUCUUCUGAUAUAUUGUGAAAUUUUGACAUUAAAAUUGUAAUUUCUUAAAAUGCUUUGUGGUCAGGAGGACACUUUUUAUUCGAACUGAUGAUAAUAUUAUGACUAAUUUAGUAAUUUGACAAUUAUAUGCUCCUUAAUUCAUACGAUUAGAAUUCACAGGAGCAUUCAAUAGAUUCAAAGUCCCAGGAGCAUAUAUAAAAGCUUGAGCUUGACAAUAAUAGCUUCAUUUCUAAGGAUCUUGUUUCUUUUAUACACCCUCUAUACAAUAAACGAGAAAGCGUUUAUUAUCAGCGUAUAUAAAACGUCAAAAUUACGUUGAUAAACAAGGCGCUAUAUAUAGCUGGGGUUCUUUCACAUUGUGUUUUGUUCAUUGAUUAUUAAUGAAUUUUGAAAUUAAAUCUAACAAGCUAAAACAAAAAUAUAUGGUUUUAAAAUUAAGGUAUAUAUAUUUUCAUGAUGUCUCCUCUAGUUCUGCCGCUCGUGGAGUUGUUAUUUUAUUUCCUAUCCUUGGCUUCUCCUGGGGAUUCAGUGUCAUCGCUGUUAACCAUGAUGCCCUGGUCUGGAAAUAUCUCUUCGCAAUUUUUACUUCUUUGCAGGUAAGGGGGAAAAUAACAAUUUGAUCCUGUAUAAUAUACCUGCUAGUAUUCGGAUCAGUGCAUGUAUGGUACAUGUACCAUGCACAUCCUUUGCGAUCAUAUCAACGCUCAUAAUUGAAAUCAAUGAUAGGGAUUUCGUAAGCUGGAUGUGCUAUGACUUCUCGAUAUGUAUAAAUGGAAAUUACAAGAGUUAUUUGUUUUAAUUUUUAUUUCCAAUUGAAACAAGAGAUCAAAACAGUACUACGAUUUAUACCAUCAUUCUAUUCAGCAAAUAAUUCGAGAUGAAUAAUUACACAUUAUUAGCUUUUAUAUAGGACAAAAGUGGAACUUGAAAAAAAUCAGCUGCAGAAGUGACUUAGAUUCUAGUGAUUGCAUGGUAUAUAGGACUAAUGUGAUAGAUCUAAUUUGUAUUUAAUGAAAAGUGGGCAAAGUGGCUGAUAGAUUGAGAGAGAAAAACACUUACGAAAAAUAUGCCCGCUAUACCUUUAUUAUAUCCGUUAUAUUCAUGAAUGGUUAAAGGUGAGCAUCUCUGGGUGAACAUGAAAACUUCAAAACGCUACUGGAAACGGUACAACCGCACAACAUGAAGUAGUUCCCCUUAUAACUCGACUUUCUGUUUCGACUUUCGUCCGUCGGGCACGACUUCGGCCACGCCUGUUUGUCGGGCAAAACAAACUCCCCCCCCCGCCCCAACCAGUUUCGCCCCUGUUUAAAAUGUUCGAAAAUCAUUGGAACAAUGUGCAUGUCACGUUAGUAAUAUAUUUUUCGCAUAGAAAACGAGCUUGUUUCAUAGGUCAACACGUAACUAUUCGAUUUGUAUGAAAUUUGACAGAUUUAUAAAAAUGUCGUCUGACUAAAAAUAUUUUGGCUUCAAAUUAAAUCAAUGGCAUCAAUAUUUAGUUCCCGACGAAGUCGAGGGAAACAUUGAAAUUCGAGGGGAAACAAAACUAACUAUUUCCCUCGGGGACAGACAUUAAGUGUUUUAAUUGUUAAAUAAGCCGGUUACAGACGAGCAAGUUUUCUAUGACAAGUCUUUAUAUAUAUACUUUUUGUGUGUGUUUGUGUUGUGUACUCAGGAUGGCAAGUUUUAUUUGCCAAGUGCACGUGUGUAUACCGUAUGUGCAACAAAAUUUUUUACUUUUGGUUUUCUGACGGCCACGACAGCUAAUAUUAGCCAUUAGUAUUGCUACAAUCUUGGACAUAACUAGUUGAGACUAUUUUCCCCCUAUAGAAAAUUCGCGUAUUUUUAUGAUAAACUCCAUGUUGAAUCAUGUUGCCAUUCUUAAACCCCCGCUCCCCCAACUCAAUGUUGAGCUUGUAUCAUGGUAUAUAACCGAAAGUUGUUUCGGCGUUGUUCACAACAUUGAACUGGGGGGAGGGGGAGACAAAGUUUGUUUUGUCAAUGUUCAAUAACUUUGUAAUAUUGGCUGGAAUGGUCUCAAGGGUUUUAUCCAAGAUUGUAGCAUUGAUAAAUUUCAUCCAAAUUUACACGGUAUUUUGUUUUCCGUUGCUGGGAUAAAGUGCAUGUUGUAUUUAUAUUUAGGGUGAAAUUAUUUUUAUUGUUUCUCAGGGAUUCCUGAUCUUUCUUAUUUAUGGAGUUUGUAACACAGAGGUGCGUUGGUUUAUUUUAUACGUAUAGGUUGAGGUCUUUGAAAAACUCACGAGUGCAUGUUUAUCCAAAUUUCACGAGAAGCCAUACUGUUACUUAUUAAUAAUUUACAUAAAAAUGUUCGAGAGAACUGUAGUUUUAACUUACGCGUUUAUAGCGAACAUUCCACAUGCAAAGUUUUCUUGGCUUUGUUAUAUCACAUUAUACAACGCUAACAGCUUGAAAAUUCCACUCAACUAUGUAAUUUUUGUUAGUCUUGUGUAAGGUAAAUGCUUUUCCAUUUAAAAAUAAAGAUAAAAGCCAUAUUUUCCACGCGAAGGCAACUUUUAUUUUAUGUAGCGCGGCGCCAUGUUUGUUUUGUUUUGAAGCAAUCGUGACCGUUACUUCUUUAAACUAAAUUGCUUUAAACUGAUUGGUUGAUUUAAUAAUCACAAUGUUUUUCCACCAAUCAGAUCAGUUUGUUACAGAUUUUUGCACUGUGAUUACAGAAAAUUGCAAUGUGAUUACAAAAAAUUGCACUGCUGUUCGGGAUUAACUGCACUGAAAUCAACCAAUCACAGUCGAGUAAUAUCUUUAUGUAUAUUAUUAAAUAGGUAAUAGCACAGUUUUUAACGCAAUUUAGGAAAAACUACCCGCACGAUUUGAAACAGUUGAAAAACUCCACAUUAUGACUUAUUUUAGAACAAUAUACAUGAAAUAUUAUGCAGAAUCAAAAUCAUAGUCGCUUGCGUGCAUCGAAAAAUGAUUUACUCGCCAUUUGAAUAACACAAGAUGAAUUUACAACUUUAAUUUUUUGGUUUUGCGCACUCAGAUGAAAAUAUAUGUUUGCGAUGUUGUCUCUGAGUCCACACGGGGGCCGGGACGAGCUGAAAAGUUUGCUUGACCGCGGUGGGAAUCGAACCCGCGACCUUUGGUUUGCCAGUCCCAUGCUGUACCAACUGAGCUACGAGGUCAAGUCAGUUUGAGUUAGUGAUAUUUCAGUACUUUGUCUGGUUCCCAUGAUAUUAGUGUAUUUUUACGAUCUUGUUAUUUUUUUUGAACAAGAAAUUCAAGAUCGCAUAAACACACUGAUACCUUCACCAUUGCUGUGAUACAUAAAGAUAUGCACUUAGCUUUCGUUUGUUCAUACUCCUAUAGGCAGUACUGAAAAUAGAAAGUUUAGGAGGACCAGAUUGGAAAAAAGUUGUAACAUUAUCUGGUUAUCUUCAAAAAAUAAAGUGUUAUUAUUAUUAUUAUUAUUAACUUUGUCGCAAAAUGUACUAUUUAAUGUUUAUUCAAACAAUGUUUUUUUUAAUAGUUUUGUUUGUGGAAACAGCACGUAAAUUUAUUACUGCAAAGCUUUCGAUCCGUAAGCCCGGAUCUUCAUCAGUGUUAAUAAUAUCUGACUUAUAUAUACAAAAGUGUGUGAUCUGUUGGCUCGCGUCAUUUGAAAUUUAAUUAAACGGCACAUCAACCACGUCAUUUCAAUAUUUAUUAUUAUCAAUUAUCAAUGUUUUUUAUCAUGUUUUCUUCAGAUUCGAAUGGCAGUUGGUCGGAAAUUGGGCUAUGGUGACGUUCAUCCUGCUACUUCCACGACAUAGUGCAGGUAACUAAGUCCAAAGUUCACCGGUAGAAAUAUAAUUUUGGGCAAAACGUUGAUGCCGUUUGGUUUGAUUAGACCUCCCUCGAUUAAGCGCCGCAUUUUCACCCUCGUCGCACUCUUUAGUCCAAGCAUUUUCGAGCGAGGUACUUCAGAUUACCAUUUACAAUGACAUUUUAUUGAGGCUCUACUCUAUUAUAAAAAUUUAUUUAUAAUGUUGUUUACUCGGCACAAGCUGCACGUGAUUGCCCAUUAGGGAGCGGUCAUUAUUUUUGGCGGGGGUGGUACCGAAGAGAAAAGGGUUGGGUAAACAAAAUUUUGAGUAAGUAAAAGGUGUGAAUCAAUCAGAGUCACUAUCUUGAUCAUUUUCCGAUUUGUUGGGAGACCAUUGGUGUCUCCAAAGAAAGUAAAUAUGCAAACAACAUGAAACUUUAGACUGCAGAAAAGUCAGUAAAUUUCACAAGCCGAACGUUAUCAAACUCGUAUCACAGAAGUGGUAAAGGACAUGUGUGACAACUGAAUGACAUCCCUUUGUAACGUUUUUGGCCAGGGGUGGGUAUUUAUUUUUUAAAUGAUACUUGAGGUUGGGUAAUCAAAUUUUUGAUUUUUUAAUGGUUGGGUCAGCAAAAUGUUUGCCACGAAAAACAUUUCUCUUCGGUGCCACCCCCCACCAUAAAUAAUGACCCGUCCCUUAGAUCCUCAGCUUCGUACUCAAAUAGUCAAAUUGCCCAUUUUAGAUUAUGUGGUGUUUAAAAUUAAUUUCAUGCUCUUUGUCUUUUAAUAAACAGUUAUUGGAUGAGGUUUUGUGUUAUCCAGGUAGAAGAAAGUAUACAAUCAGUCGAGCCAAAGGCGUGACUUAUCACCAAGACCUCGAUAAUUGAGAAUAUUACAAAAACCGAAUUCAAGAACUGUUUUAUUAUGCAUCGCAUUUUCAUUUACUCUUUCGACAAACAUGCAAUAUUUGUUGCACAAAACAACGUUUUUUUUUCAAUAAAUUAAAGCACGUAAAAUAUUAGAAAUCUCACUUAAUACCUAUACUAGCCUAUAAACAUCCAGUAAAUAAGCUUUGCUCAAUGCUCUUCGCUCUUUGCACAAAAAAAUUCACCAAAACUGAUACCGUUCUUAAUUCAUGUUGUUUUCCAUGUUUUUAUUCGUGUAUUUAAAACUGCCCUUGUUAUAAAAUUACAAAUCACUGGUCCAGCCUACACAUGCGUAAAUCAGUUAUCUGCUAGUUAUAGUUUUAACUGUGUGAUGUGUGGGUGCAUGCGUGAACAGCGUGAUUUCUAUGUGUAGCGGUAAGUUAUUGGCCAAUCAUAUAAUAAUGUGAUAUUUAGCUUUGAAUGAGGCAAUGCAUAAAGACAGAGUGAUGAAAGAUGUACACAAACGAAAAUUGCGGCCUAAUCAGAUGACCUAUAUAUCUUAUGUUAACUAUAAGCAUGCGUAGAUUAUACAUGCUGAAUAUUAAUUAAAUCGAUCUCAAUAUAGCUUUAUAGCGAAAACUAUUGAGUUGAAAAUUCGCCGCUUGAUAUAUGGUAUAUUCACUGGUUUGACUUAAUAAUAAAGACUUUUGAACUUGUGACUUUUGAUGAGAACAGUGGCGGAAAUCUUGGUUUUGGCAGAAAAUUGACGAAUUUUCGGAAAUUUUGACCUAAAAGAGGGCUAAAAACAGUCUUUUCGAGUGCAAAUGGGGGAGGGGGUACGUCGGAAAUUUGAAAGUUUUGUCGGAAAUUUAGGAGGCUUUGUCCCCCCCCCCACCGGAAAAAGUGAAUUUCCGUCACUGGAUGAGAAAAUUGUUUGAAAUUUUUUCUUCAUUGUUUCUCAAAGUGACAAAGAUGAUUGAUCCCAAAGUAUGUAACGCUUAUUCAGCACGCAUUAUAUGCGUUUAAUAAACCUUAUAUGUCAAAUAAACGAAAUAGUUUCUCCACUAAUACAUUAAAUAUUACUUUUUUAGAUUAUGAAUGUAUAAAAUACAGAUUGUGGUGUUCAAAACGUAUCCAUAAAAUCUUUCUCUUAAACUUUAAUUAAAUUAAUUAGCAGUAUAUAAUAAACAUUUAGAUCUUUUAUAUAGUGAUUUAUCGUAAAGUGGCGGCCAUAGCCAUAUAGGGUUCAGUCGUUUUGGCGUAUAUCAUACAAUGGAAGCGAUUCUCAAUUUUCGUCUUAAAAGACGAUUGUUUAUUUAUUAUAGUAACAAUUUGAUAAUUAGCCCAUUUUUAUAGUAAAGAUAAUGAGAGUACGUGAGUAAUACAUAAUGUAUCUAUUGCAUGAAUGUUAAUGUUUAAAAUAUGGUCAUCAUCUACCUAUACUUUCCAGGCUUGUGGUUGGUUGAUUAUAACAAUGAAAGACAAUAAAACUAUAGAAAUCGUCUUUCUAAAGAACGAGUCACGAACAAUGAUCAGUUUUGCUUCUGAUUUGUUUAUGAAAGCCAAUCACAAAAUAUGAUCAUUUUAGGUAGGUCUUCACCCUUAAUAUAAGGAAAAUUCUAAAGAUACAAUCUUACAUAAUUAAUACAUAAAUUGAUUUUAACUGUUAAAGUCGUAAUUUCCUUUCUUCAAUUAAAAAUAAACUUGUAUAAAAUGUUG